GUAACAUUCCCAAGGAAAAUGGCGGCAUAAACAAUAAUAUCUCCAAGCACCUGUUAACAAGACAAUUGUUAGAAUCGUGUUGACAUUAGUUUAGUUCUAAUUGUGUGUGCAGUUACGUUGAGAAACUGGGUUCAAAGACAGAGAUUCUCACCAAAGAUGGCGGAAGUUCAUGUGGUUGGACAGAUUGUUGGUGCAAGUGGAUUUCCUGACAAUAGUCUGUUUUGUAAAUGGGGUAUUCAUACAGGUGGUGCAUGGAAAGUUUUGGCUGGUCUCCGUGAAGGACAGACCCAAGUGGACAACCCCCAAAAUCACGACACAGCUUAUUGGAGUCACCCAAUCGAUAUUCAUUUUGCAACCAAAGGCAUUCAAGGUUGGCCAAAAGUUCACUUCCAGGUGUGGCAUCAGGAUAGUUUUGGUAGAAACGAGCUGUAUGGCUAUGGUUUCUGUCACAUACCUACCUCCCCUGGCAACCAUGAAUUAGACUGUCCCACAUGGCGACCCUCAGGGUCAUUCCUGGAGGGCGUGUCUCAAUGCUUCCUCGGGGGAGGGCCACAGUUGAAGAACCCAGAUCUUGUCUACAGUGGGGCUCAGAGAUACAAGUUGCACACUGUGGCCAUGGGAAAGGUUCACUUACGACUUGGGAUCAUUCUGAGAAACUUUGAUAAAUUUGGAAUCGAAUGUUGAGAUAAUUUCAAGUUUUAAAUUGUCCGUCCAUGUAAAUUCUACUUGUAUAGUUCCAAAUGAUGUAAAUAUGUGUAUGCAAAUAGUUCAUAAAUAAAUGUGAUGUACUGUUCAACUUUUGCAAGGAAUGUCAGUCAAAGCAAAUAAUCUGGGGGAAUUGUUGAAGCAUCAUACGAAAGUAACUGAUACAGGAGAUGGGCUUAGUGAGGUCUCGGCCUAAAUGAAGCAAUCGUAGCAAAUUGGGCAAGGGUAUUGAUCAUAAUGCAGAUAUUAUAAACACUGGAUAAGGCUAAAAAAAAGACAGUCUUGGUUCUCAGGCACCACCCACAUCAUCAAAAAGUCUGCGGCCUGUUUUGUUAAUAUUUCCAUUUUCAAAAACAUAUAAAAAUCCUAAAACUUUAACACAAUGCACAAAAAAAUUGAAAAUGGAAACAAAAACGAAACGUACAGUGAACUUUAUGAUGAUGUGGGCAGUGCCUGAGAACCAAGACUAUUACUUUUUUAGCCUAAUUGGAAUAACUUUGAUUUUUUUUCUUUCAUGACUGACAGAUUAUGAAAAGUGAUCAAGAAUGUUUCAUGGCUAUUUGAUCAAGUUUUGACUUUGAUCAUGAACUAAAGUUUGUCUCAUUCCUUCAUCAAGUGUUUAUCCUUUGCAAGAGUUGUGUAGCAUAUAUCACAUAUAUACAGUACCGUAUGUUUGUUUCAUAAUAUAUAUUUUUUAACCAUCAAAUAUGUCAGCACUGGAGCAUUUUGAUUCUUGAAGAAACAAAUCCACUCACAUAUAGAAUAUUUAAAUUUGUCAAGACAAUUCAUGGACAGACAGUGUCAGUGAGAUUUGAAAGGAGCAAGUUCAAGCUUUCCUUACUAGAAAAAUUGCAUCGAUAUGUUCUAAAACAUUGUCGCAUAAUUGUUCAUUUUCAUAUAUUUCGCAUUUGUAACAGUUUGUCAUUGUUCAUGUUCAUAUCAUUUACAAUAUUUAUAAU